UUAUGUUCUAAGCGACUGUUCGGUGUUUUGCAUGGACGUUUUGUUGCCGUUUUCAGUUAUUUGACAUACACCCAUUCAGACAGAUUAAAGCAUGUCGUUAGCUGAUGAAUUACUGGCUGAUUUUGAAGAGGCAGGAGAUGAUAUCGAAGAGAAUGAUGGCGAUGGUCAAACCAUGGAACUUGCUGAUGUUGAUGAUGUUACCAUGGAAACACAAACUUUGACCAAAAAUUCUGUUAGGAACAUUGCCAAAUUAAGAGAUAGUGAUGAGCUGACUGAUGUGAUUAAAAAGGUGGAAGUAUACUCCAAACAGAAAAGAAAAGAAGCUGUGGCAGGACCAGUGGAGUUUGACCCAGAGUACCAGCUGAUUGUACAAGCCAAUAACCUUACUGUAGAAAUUGAUAAUGAAAUAAAUGUGAUACAUAAAUUCACAAGAGAUCAUUACUUGAAAAGAUUUCCAGAGUUAGAGUCCUUGAUCAGUGAUCCACUACAGUAUGUUUGCACAGUUAAGGAGUUAGGUAACAACAUUCUGGAGAAUAGUAAAAAUAAUGCUGCUUUACAAGAUAUCCUCACUUCAGCCACUAUAAUGGUUGUUAGUGUUACAGCAUCUACAACUCAAGGGUCAUUACUUACUGAUGAUGAAAUGAAGAUUGUUGAAGAAGCCUGUGACAUGGCUUUAGAACUAAGUGAGUUUAAGAGAAAGAUACAUGAGUAUGUAGAGUCUAGAAUGACAUAUAUAGCACCAAAUUUGUCUAUUAUAGUGGGUGCUUCUACAGCUGCUAAAAUAAUGGGUGUAGCCGGAGGUUUGACAAACCUGUCCAAGAUGCCUGCAUGUAACAUCAUGUUGCUUGGAUCACAGAAGAAAAUACUAGCUGGAUUUUCAUCCACAGUGAUGCAGCCUCAUCAAGGCAUACUUUACGAGUGUGACCUCAUACAGAAAUCACCACCAGACUUAAGAAAGAAAGCAGCUCGACUGGUGUCUGCUAAAUGUGCCCUAGCAGCUAGAGUAGACAGCUGUCAUGAGAGUGUAGAUGGUAGUUAUGGCGACCAGUUCCGAACAGAUAUAGAGGGAAAGUUAGACAAGCUACAAGAACCACCACCUGUGAAACAGGCCAAAGCUUUGCCUGCCCCGAUAGAUCAGGCCAGAAAAAAGAGAGGUGGUAGACGAGCAAGAAAAAUGAAGGAAAGGUUGGGUCUAACUGAAAUGAGAAAGCAGGCUAACAGAAUGAACUUCGGAGAGAUCGAGGAAGAUGCCUAUCAAGAAGAUCUUGGAUUCUCGCUGGGAACCAUCGGUAAAUCGAAGACUGGUAGAAUCCGGGGACCAGUUGUUGAUUCUAAAACAAAAGCUAGAAUAUCCAAGUCUUUACAGCAAAAAAUAGCAAAAGAAAAGCAGACAUGGGGAGGCAGUACAACAGUGAAGAAACAGGUGUCUGGUACAGCUUCAAGUGUGGCUUUCACACCUUUACAGGGUUUGGAGAUAGUCAAUCCACAGGCAGCAGAGAAGAGGGUCCAGGAAGCCAACGCCAAAUAUUUCUCCAGUACAGCUUCAUUUGUUAAAGUGGAAAAACAACUGUGGCAUAAAUGAUCAAACUAUAUAUUUG